GUGACUUUGAGGCCAUUCUUAAGCCUACUGCGACUCAACACGGGGAGAAUACUUUUAACCGAGGAGGUGCGUUGCUUUGUGAAUGAUGAUCCGAAGAUGCUACUUGUGGAUAUGUUCAAAUACAUCGGUGAUGUAUCUGUAAAGAUCCAGCGGUUCAAUGUCAAUAAGUACCGGUCGCUUCUACAGAAAAUCAUCAACGCUCAUGGUCUGACCGGUAUGGAAAUUCCAGGAGUGAAUCUUGAAGGUAAGUAUGGUAACUUCUUUGAUUUCCAUAAUAUUCUUGGUUUUGGAAAGCAAAGGUCUGAUUACGGGAAACUGAAACAGCAGCUUGAUCAGGUACCAGUAUUUGGUUUCAAUUCUGGCCGGUACGAUAUUAACUUGAUUAAGAAGGAUUUGUUUGCCGUUAUCGGUACCGACAACAUCAAACCUGUCAUCAAGAACCCCAGCUACAUGUGCAUUGCUACAUCGAACAUGAAAAUGCUUGAUAUUAGCAACUAUGUACCUGCUGGUACCAGCUACGAAAAGUAUCUCACAACAUACCUCGGU